UUAUUUGAUAACCCCCUAAACUUUUAGCAUAAAUACGGUCGGCACAAUCCAAACAUCACUCAGUUCAUUCCAUAAACUUCAGUGUCUAGUAUCUCAACAGAACACAAACACACUCACAAAAAUGGCCGCUAAGUUGAUCAUCUUCACCGUUUGCGUGGCUUCUGCCCUCGCCCAAUACUCUGCCCCAGCCUACAAGCCCGCUUACUCAGCGCCAGCUUACUCAGCACCCGCUUACGCAGCACCAAAGGCAUACGCCCCAGAGCCCGCCUACGCCCCAGCCCCAUACAACUUCGAAUACAGCGUGAACGACCCACACACCUACGAUGUCAAGAGCCAAUCCGAAUACAGCGACGGCAACGGUUACGUCAAGGGAUCCUACAGCCUCUUGGAAGCCGACGGUUCCACCCGUACCGUAGAAUACACCGCUGACGACUACAACGGUUUCAACGCCGUCGUCAAGAACGAAGGUGGAUACAAGGCCCCAGCUUACUCUGCACCAGCCUACAAGCCAGCAUACUCUGCACCAGCCUACUCUGCACCAGCCUACAAGCCAGCUUACGCCGCUCCAGCUUACUCCGCACCAGCCUACGCCGCCCCAGCUUACCCAGCACCAGCAUACUCUGCCCCGGCCUACAAGCCAGCAUACAAACCAGCAUACAUGAUUGUUCUCGCCACAUGUUUAUCAUCCGCCCUGGCCCAAUACGUCGUACCGGCUUACCCAGCGGCGCCCGCCACUUACCACGUGUCACCCGCUUACCACGUGGCGCCCGCUUACCAGGUGGCGCCUGUUUAUCACGCAGCACCAGCUUAUCACGUGGCACCUGCAAAGGCAUACGUGCCGGCGGAACCCACAAACGAGCCGACGCCGUACAGCUUCGUGUACAGCGUGAACGACCCGAGCACUUACGACGUCAAGAGCCAGGCCGAGUCCAGCGACGGUAACGGUAACGUGAAAGGCUUCUACAGCCUUUUGGAAGCCGAUGGUUCCACUCGCACCGUCGAGUACACCGCCGACGACAACAGCGGGUUCAAUGCCGUCGUCAAGAAGGAAGGCGGAUACGCUUCCGCCGCUUACAAACCCGCAGCAGACAAGCCCUGGACAAAAUUGAACUACAUUAAACAACCGGUCUACUGUCAAUUAAAUUUGGUAACGAUGAAACAUGGAGGGAAAAAUUACCUUCGAUAUUUCUGUAUAAAUACCCCACAGUCGAUGAGCAUAAUCACCAGUCACUUCUGUUCUGUUCAUUUGAUUAAAUCAAUUAAUCCAAACAACACACCAAAAAUGGCCGCUAAGAUGAUCAUAUUCGCUGCCUGUGUGGCCACCACACUCGCCCAAUACGCCGCCCCGGCUUACCCAUCCCAUCACGCCGCACCCGCUUACUCGGCGCCCGCUUACUCCGCACCGAAGGCAUACGCCCCGGAACCCACAUACGCCCCAAAACCUUACAGCUUCGAAUACAGCGUAAACGACCCACACACCUACGAUGUGCACAGCCAAUCUGAGCACAGCGACGGAUACGGCAACGUCAAAGGAACUUACAGCCUUUUGGAAGCCGACGGUUCCACCCGCGUCGUCGACUACACCGCUGACUCUUACGGUUUCAACGCUGAAGUCAAGAAAAUCGAAGGACACGGACAAGGAUACAGCGCACCAGCCUACAAAUCCGCCCCAGCCUACAAAUCCGCCCCAGCCUACAAGCCCGCUUACUCCGCACCAGCUUACUCUGCACCAGCUUACUCCGCACCAGCUUACUCCGCACCAGCUUACUCCGCACCAGCCUACAAGCCCGCUUACUCCGCCCCAGCUUACGCUGCACCAGCUCACUCUUACUCCGCCCCAGCCUACGCUGCACCAGCUCACUCUUACUAAGCACCAGCCAACGCUAAACCAUCAACAUCUAACUAUAAAUGGUUACUUUAAUCAUUUUAUUAGUUAAUUUGACUCUCUCAUCACCCGAACAUGUUUAAUUUAUUCAAUUGUUAAAUUAUUUGUCAAAUAAAUAUUAAAUUAUUUAUUUGAUUUAUAUUACAAA